AUGCGGAUCGGAAUCCGGGAGCAGUUGGGUCUCCUUGUGCUACUCACGACACUAAUUGCCCUCGCCGUGGUGGCUGUUGCAACAUGGGUCAACAAUUACGACUUUGUAAUUGGUAUUCGGACCUCGAGUCUUUCCCUUACAGCCUCCCUCUAUGCCAACCAACUCGACUCAAACCUCUUGCUUCUCCAGUCAAGCGUCCAAGCCAUAUCCACGCGCAUUGCUCUCCAGUCUGCUUUGCAACGCUAUAACUCAGGGAACAACACCGACGCGAAUUGGGUCCGCGCCGCAUCAGAUAUGCAAAGUGCACUGUCGGGUGGGGGAUCAUCUGACAUGCUACUUGAAGCGCAGGUGUUCUCUCAGAACGGUACCGGUGUUGGUGGGCCUUAUGGUCUGCUGAACGUCAGUUCGCCCACCAUCGCAAACGCAAUCCCGCUACCGUUCCUUGGGACUUCCGUACAUCUCGGCGAUAAUGGCACUGGGUACCCUGUCGAGCUAUAUCCGAAUUUAACGUACACGUCUACCGUCGUUAACAGUACCUUCAAUCAAUCGGAUGCCUUCUGGAAUGGACAGCAGCUGUACGACAAUUCGACCAUAUUCUUAGGGCCUUGGCUUCUCAAUGGGAGCUUCGCUCUGCUUUCGCUUACUGUACCAGUGGUCAACGACACAUCAAGCGCGGAUGUCCUGGGCUGGAUCAGCAUCAUCGUCAAUGCGCAAUCCAUAUUCAACAUCGAGCAGUCAGUUGAAGGCUUAGGAGACACAGGCCAGAUCCUGAUUGUGGCACCGAGCACGUCAACUCAGAAGCUGCCAACCAAUGUGCAAGCUCUCGGCAGUACCAGAGCAAAUAGAACAACAGCAAAGACACAAGACGUGCAGUUCGUAUUGCCGCCAAUGCAGAACUCGUCGCGAAGCACUCGUCACUCAAUACGCGCUUAUGGCAUGCCCAACUUGCCGUUCCAGAUGCGAAGCUAUCCCGGCGUAUUGGAUGCCUACACAUCUAACACCGGAUCCCGCAACAACGCAGGCAGUCUUAUUUCCACGAUGAAUGAGGAAAAUGACCAUGUUUCAGUCGGCUACGCUUUGCCAAUGUCUCCUAUGGUUGAUUGGGCGCUCAUCGUUGAACAAGCCUACGGCGAAGUGAUUGCACCAGUCCAUCGUCUCCGAAACGUUCUAGUGGCUUGCGUUUUCGGAACCGUCGGUGCCAUACUUCUACUCCUGUUGCCCUUGGCCCACAUAUCGGUGAGACCCAUCAGACGGUUACGAGAAGCAACGAAAAAGACCGUAGAACCUUACAGGUACGAAUCUGAUGACGGCAGCAUCCGCUCUUCCAUCUCAGGAGACAACGAAGACCUGGGAUCAGGCGAAGAGGAGUCAAUGACGACAGCAGCUAGAAAAGAAGGUUUCAUGGGUCGGAUAUCGCGAUGGCGGGGUGGGCGUCAGCGGAAUGACGCGGAACGCAGAGAAGGGCAACGACGGCAAACCUUUCGUAUACCUGGCAAGGUUCAAGAUCGAAAGCACAUCGUUCAAGACGAGCUCACUGACCUUACCCGCACAUUCAAUGAAAUGUCAGAGGAGCUGAUGAUGCAGUAUGAGCGACUUGAAGAAAGAGUUAAGGAACGGACACAGGAGCUUGAGAUUAGCAAGAAGGCCGCCGAAGCUGCCAAUGAAAGCAAAACCGCUUUCAUCGCCAAUAUCUCUCACGAGCUUAAAACGCCUUUGAAUGGGAUUCUUGGGAUGUGUGCUGUCUGUAUGCAAGAGGAGGACCAUACAAAGAUAAAAAGAUCCCUGGGUAUCAUAUACAAGUCGGGCGAUCUGCUAUUACACCUAUUGACGGAUCUCUUGACAUUCACCAAGAACCAGAUAGGUCAGCAUCUCACCUUGGACGAACGCGAGUUCCGCUUGUCGGACGUAUGUUCACAGGUGGUCUCGAUAUUCGAGAAACAGGCGAAGGAUGGGUCCAUAAAGCUGGGGGUGAGCUAUGAAGGUCCUCAAGAUGGCCUGGAAACAGCCGGCGGAGCUCCUUUGCAGAGCGGUUUUGGACCGUACGGCACAGGACGUGUGAGAGAUAUGUUCCUCUGGGGUGAUCAGCACAGAAUCCUCCAAGUCAUCAUCAACCUUGUGAGCAACAGCCUGAAGUUUACACCUCCAAAUGGAUCAGUAAAUGUAAAGAUUAGAUGUGUGGGGGACGCACCAGAAAGACCCGAGAGUACUCGUAAAGGGUCAUUGCAGUCCAAGCAGUCCAAGCAGUCCAGGCACUCUAAGAGGCAGUCCCCAGGAGGAUCCAGGGGCCGAUUUCCAGGGAUGCGACAUGAUUCUGGCUCUUCUAUCACACCCAGUCAGCGAGGUCGCGAAAGAGCAAAGUACUCCGAUACUGCGCUUCACAUCAAUGGGAACGAGCCUAAAGCUAUAUCUACUGUUGCGAUUUCAGAACGGUCCUCAACGCCUCCGCCAAUCAAUGCUAGAAUUCUCUUAUUUGAGUUUGAGAUAGAGGACACCGGGCCAGGGAUUCCAGAGAAUCAACAACGGCGCGUCUUCGAACCUUUCGUACAAGGAGACAUUGGGCUUAAUAAGAAGUACGGAGGCACCGGGCUCGGAUUGAGCAUCUGCUCGCAAUUGGCUAGUCUGAUGAAGGGAUCCUUGGAACUCGAAAGUCAGGUUGGGGUAGGGAGCAAAUUCACCAUGCGAAUACCGUUGGUCUUCACAAAGGAGAGGGCCGAUAGCACUACCAGCUCUUACUUGGGUUCUCGACGCAACAGCACUAACAUAGGCCCAAACAUGGAUGACGACCACUCGUCACAACUGAAAAGAUCAUCUUCUGACGUGUCUGUCAAGUCUGAGACCACCGUGCCGCCUGGGCUUAAUGGCUUUGAUACACCUGCAAAGCCCCGGCUUGUUGGGCUGAGCCAACCAUUUUUCGCUGCAACAUCGCCACUAGAAUCUCCUGAUAAACAGCUGGCGGCAAUGGAGCGAGUUGCUGCGCAGGCAGCUCAGAGUGGUGACAGAGUUCGCGUGCUGGUUGCGGAGGAUAACAAGGUCAACCAAGAGGUGGUGCUCCGCAUGUUGAAGCUUGAAGAUAUUUACGACGUCACUGUUGCAAAGGAUGGCCAAGAGGCUUUCGAGCUUGUAAAAGAGAGCAUGGAGCAGCGAAGAUACUUCAACUUGAUCUUUAUGGAUGUCCAGAUGCCUAAUCUUGACGGUAUACAAAGCACUCGUCUCAUAAGAGAGAUGGGCUACUCUGCACCAAUCGUUGCCCUCACUGCCUUUGCCGAGGAAAGCAAUGUGAAAGAAUGCAUGGACUCAGGCAUGGACUUCUUCCUGCCCAAGCCAAUCCGACGACCAGCUCUCAAACAAGUCCUCAAACGGUACUGCGCCACGAUUCCAGAAGCUGCAGAAGAAGCUGAGAAGGACGGCCGACCAGCAAAAGAAGAACCAGUAUCGCCAAUGUCAUGA